UGAGCUCAUGAUGCGAUACAUUUUAGCAGUGCUCUUUUGCAACUUGACAGCACUAACUAGUGCUUUAAUUAACUACUGCGGUUCCAGGAUGUGCGGGCACACUGACGAUCACAUACUUUGCAUGUAUCCUCACAACGUUCCCGGAUUGCAAUGCGCAGGCUACAUUCACACACAACUGACGCUGCGAGAAAAGGCUGAAUUAUUGCAUAGGCUUAACACUCGGCGCAACGCAGCUGCCAGUGGGCGCUUGCGCGGUUUUCCGCCCGCGGGGAAUAUGCUCAAAUUGCGCUGGGUAGGCGAACUGGAGCGUGAAGCCCAAAUCUGGGCGGAUCAAUGUAGCAUGCCUAGCAAGCCUGAGAAGCACGACAUAUGCCGUGAAUUAUAUGCGACACCUGUGGGCCAGUGUGUAGCGUCUGUGGUGGGCGAGGCGCCCGGCCUUCGCCCAGAGACCAUAGUCGACAUCUGGUAUAUGCAGAGCAUUCAUUAUAAGCGCGAUGUUAACGCCUACAGGAAUCCUCAAGAUAACAAUAGCUAUUACGGCGACUUUGCACAAAUAUUACAUUAUAAAACCUAUAUGGUUGGAUGUGCUCGCAGUAAAUUUAUGGCAAUUCUACAGGACCGUGUCCGAAGUGUGGAGCGGUUAGUGUGCAACUUCGCCCCGCAAGGCCCAUUCCAGGGUCGACCAAUAUGGAUACCAUCUAAACCUGCAAGCAUAUGCCCACCACGUGCUAUUCAGGAUAAUGUGUAUCCUGCACUGUGUGAUUUUCAAUCGUACCUCGACGAGUCUCAAGACCAAGAUCAUGUGAUGACUUUAGAGGAACACCUAUUAUUAGAUUCCUUAUUCGCUAUCGAAAAGAAUGAUUCUCUGAAUUAUUCUGGUAGCUUAGAUGAGAUAUAUCUAACCAAACUCGCCGUAGCUACAUUAUCCAAUGUAGAUAGUCCAGAAAUCGUCAAUUCAGUACAAAAAAGAGAUGUCCCUGAUGUACCUCUUAGUACAAUAAUACAGUUCGAAGAAAAGCACUCAAAAGAAACACCUGAUGGUGUAGAUGAAGAAAUUGUGACAUUUAAAGGUAAAUUGGUUAAAGACGCCAGUGUUGUGGGAAGGCCAAAGUCAUAUAAUAUUGAAGAACUAAACUUGAACAAUGGUGUUACAGAGGAGGGGAUGUACAUCGGCAAUACCUAUAAGAGCGGUUUACCCGCAAAUUUUAAAGAAUUAUACGUCGACUAUAUUUAUGGAGAGGGUUUUGAAGAUAAGACUUCUAAUAGUGUAACUGCCGCUACUGUAUUAUCGUCUCCUGCAACAUCAGUUAUUCCGACCAUUAUAAUUUCUUUAAGCGAUGAUAUAAAUUUGACAAACUUCAUUACAAAAGUCGUAGACAGCGAAGCCAUAAGCACAGUACCAACUGAAAUUACUAUCUCGUCGUACAUUCGUUUAUUGGCCAAUCUUAGCGAUAAAUUUAAUGACACCGACAAAAUGAUCGAUGAAUUGUUAUCUGAUCCGGAAAUGGCUAAGCGUAUCCAUGAGGAGCUAGAUCUUUAUAUGUCGACUGAAACUGAAGAAACAAUCUCUUCGAUUACCGAAAUGUUGUCUUCGAUAAUGGAAACUAUGACUUCAGUCAAUGAUAGCAUGUAUACAUCUACUUCCACAAAGGUCAGACGAGAUAUAGGAGAACACCCAAAAGCAGAAAACGGAACACCUGCACAAAUCAGUGAUAUUACAGAAAUAAAUGAUGCCGUUCACGUUAUUCCUGCUGUAGAAAACAUACCAGUUGAUGAUACAAAUUUCUCUGAUCCUGAGAAUAAUCGAAUAGUGCGCCAGAAUUUUGCGAGUGAAGCAGAAGCUUUGAACAAUAUAACUGCUGAAAGAGCACCUAUGCUAAAUAUGGUAAUGAAAUAUAUGCCUUAUUUAAAAAAUUAUGAAACCAGUUUUGUUCGUACCACUGUCGAUAGAUCUUAUGUCUUGUCUCCUACAUUUAUAUUAGUUUUAUCACUUUUAAACGCAUUUACUUUGUUUGAUGUGUGA